AUUUUGAAAUUUUUUUUUCUUUCUUUCUUAUUAAUUCUUGCGUUGUAAUUUCUAUCACAUAAAAAUGGAGUUUUGAUUAGUUUUCAUUUCCUUCUGACAAUUCCAGCCUUGUAAGUGCAAGUAAAGUUGAGAAAAAGGGAAAAUGACAGUGACAGGUUUGAAUUCUGAGCAGCCACAGUUCAUUGCCAGCGCUGGAAAUCGAAGCUUUUCAUCUAAUGCCCCACUGAUUGAGAACUCUGAUGCUCAGAUUGUUGUUCCAGAUAACAAGUUUUUUGGUGAUCAACCUGCCAUUGAUGUACUGACGAAGAAGCAAAAUGCAUUGCUUGGAGUGGCUACAAAUGAUGAUGGAAAUCAAGUGGAGGAAGAUGCUAGAUAUCCACCAUGGGUGCAAUGUUGCCUGAAAUCUCAUUAUCUGGAUAAAUAUGAUAUUUGGGGAAGUCGACAGUAUCGAAUAUUUGGCACUAGAUUGGUGGUUAUUAGGAUAGAUACUCAUUGUCUUGUAUGUUGGCUGGAAAUUGUAUAGCAUGUUAGUUUUACCAUGUGAUUUAAGAUUUAUUGGUUUAAGUUUUCGGGUCUUUGUCUCCUGAGAGCUAUAAUAUAAUUUGAUGACAAUGUUGAAUGUUUUAAACUAAUUUGUGGAUUGUUAAUACAAUGUUGAAUGCUUUUUACUUUUUGUUA